AUUCCCAGCCUUGCCUCGGGUGUAGGGAUUGCAAGGGAAAAAGCAAAACUACACGGAUAAGACCCUGUGUAGUUUUGUUUUUUAGGGGAUAUUUCGAGGCUCAACCGUUCUCACACUGUGUUUUCUGAAAUCAUAUCUGGAUAAGGACUUUGUUUCAGAAGACAAAACCCUUUGGGCUUCGUCCCUCCAAUUCAAGGCACUCUUGUGGAUACAAGGUGCCUUCCACCAUGUCAACGCAGGCACCAACAUUUACACAGCCGCUUCAGAGCGUUGUGGCACUUGAGGGUAGUGCCGCAACGUUCGAAGCUCAAGUUAGUGGUAAUCCAGUUCCAGAGGUGAGCUGGUUUCGUGAUGGCCAGGUUCUUACUGCUGCCGCUCUGCCCGGCGCUCAGAUCUCGUUCAGCGAUGGCCGCGCUGUUCUGAUGAUCCCCGCUGUGACAGCCGCACACAGUGGAAGAUUUUCUGUGAGAGCCACCAAUGGCGCUGGACAAGCCACUAGCACUGCUGAACUACUUGUUACAGUUGAAACUGCGCCACCAAACUUCAUUCAGAGACUACAGAGUAUGACUGUGAGACAAGGGAGCCAAGUGAGACUAGAUGUUCGAGUAACAGGAAUCCCUGCACCUGUGGUCAAGUUCUACCGAGAGGGAGCUGAGAUUCAGAGCUCAGCUGACUUUCAGAUUGUUCAAGAUGGAGACCUUUACAGUUUGUUGAUUGCCGAGGCCUUCCCAGAAGAUUCUGGAACUUAUUCUGUCAGUGCUUCUAACAGCAGCGGACGUGCAACUUCAACUGCUGAGUUGCUCGUUCAGGGCGAAGAAGAAGCUGUACCUGCAAAGAAGCCAAAAACUAUUGUUUCAACCUCUCAGAUUUCACAGACCCGUCAGACUAGAGUAGAGAAGAAGAUGGAAGCUCAGUAUGAGGCCACAGCCAUGAUGCAGAUGCAAAUGCAAGUAGAGGGUGGGGUUGUGACCCAACAGCUGGCACAUAAGACUCCACCUCGUGUGCCGCCUAAACCAACCUCCAAAUCCCCCCCUUCCCAACUGACUAAAGUGUCAGCCGCUCGCCAACAGUCUCCCUCUCCCGUGAGGCAUGUUAAGGGCCCGACACCCACUCCUGUCAGAGCUGUGUCUCCAUCUACCAGACUGUCCGUUUCCCCAAUCAGACCAGUCAAAUCCCCUGUGAUGACCCGCAAACAGGUCACACAAGGCUCUGAGGUCCUGCCUCCGUGGAAACAGGCAGGGUACGUUUCAGAAGCCAGCUAUACCCGCAUGAUUGCUGGAACAAAACAAGUGCAGACGACCGCUACCCACGUCCAAAUGGAACAGCGCUGGGAAGGCUCUGUUGCUGUUCAACAACAAGUUGGUGCUGUCAAAGAGGGUGAUGGGAAAAAAGCAGGAGCCGUGGCCACUGUGCUUGCUGCUGUUGAUCAUGCACGUAUACGAAAGCCCACGCAUGCUGAAGGGGCUCAGUUGGAAGAAGAGGCUGAUAUAAGACAUCAGGAAAUGCUAGCAACUAAGCAGCAGGUCACAAGUAAAAAGGAGCUGUUGCUAAUUCCCCCUGAAAUGCCGCCAUCUACUACUGAGAAGAGUGUACAUGUCACCCAGAUUCAAAGAACUACUGAGGUUAGCUCCAAGGUGGAGACUGACCUUGCACCAUCCCCAGUUCCACAUUUCACAGUAUCAAAAGUUACUGUACCAAAACCAGAUCAUAGCUAUGAGGUUUCAAUAGCAGGUUCUGCUAUUGCCACACUACAAAAAGGGUUAUCCUCAACAACUGCUGCUCAAAAGAUCAUCAAGCCUGUCAAGCCUCCAACACAUAAGAUUGCGGACACUCGUGUGACCCCAGAGCCGACUCCUUCUCCUUUUAGAGACACUUCAGAGAGAUAUCAAGCUCAUUAUGAAACAGAGUUACACAGAAAAAUAGGUGUUUCAUUUGCUGGUGAAGAAUGGGACACAAAGGUUGUUGAAACUGCAGCGAUCCCCUCAGCUAUCAGAGAGCCUGUAGUGCCCCCUACCUUGAUAGCCGGUUUGAAGAAUGUGACUGUCACAGAGGGAGAGUCUGUCACUCUGGAGUGCCAGAUUUCAGGCCACCCCACCCCAGCCAUUAUGUGGUUCAGAGAAGAUUACAGAAUUGAACACUCCAUUGACUUCCAGAUCACUUAUGAAAACAGCUAUGCCCGCUUGGUAAUUCGUGAGGCCUUUGCUGAAGAUAGUGGCCGCUUCACUUGCACUGCUACCAGUGAGGCUGGAACUAUCAGCACCUCUUGCUACCUGCUUGUCAAAGUGUCUGAGGAGAUUGAGAGCAGAGAGGAGAUUACUGUCCAGGAGAAACAGACUGUCAUUGAAGACAAAGCAGAGACUGAAAUAAGUGCAGUCUCUGUGGAAGCUGGAGCACCUGCUGCUCCUUUCUUUGUGAGGAAGCCAAUGGUUCAAAAGCUGGUCGAGGGAGGCAGUGUUGUCUUCGAUUGCCAGAUCGGAGGAAGCCCUAAGCCCCAUAUUUACUGGAAGAAGAGUGGAGUUGCACUCACUACUGGAUACAGAUAUAGAGUAUCCUACAACAAGGAAACAGGGGAAUGCAAGUUGGAAAUUUCUAUGACAUUUGCUGAUGAUGCUGGAGAGUACACCAUCCUUGCCAAGAACCAACACGGAGAGGCUUCUGCUUCCACAAGUCUUCUUGAAGAAGAGGAGUAUGAAGCCUAUAUGAAGAAACUGGAUGUGACAUAUGUAACAGAAGUGAGAACGGUGACAAUGGUGCAGGAGCCCAAAGUGGCAGAUGUGCCCCCUGUAGUUGUAAGCGAAUAUGAAAAAGAGAUGAUACAGAGAAGGAUGGCUCAGCAAACACAGAUGAUGCAGUCCUUCAUCUCAGAGACGGAAUUUCAAAUAUCUGCAAUUGAGCGAAAAAUAAUCCAAGAGAUUGAAAUCCGCAUCCUUAAAAUAACUUACCGGGAACUGGUGAUUGAGGAUGGUGAGGAGAUGGUCAUGAAUGUUGCUGAGCAUGAGGCCGUCGGAUCUUCAUUUAGCACUCCAGUCAAAAGCUACAGAAUCCUGGAAGGAGUGGGUGUUACUUUCCACUGCAAGAUGGAAGGAACGCCAUUGCCAAAGAUUGCCUGGUAUAAAGAUGGCAAGCGCAUUAAGCAUGGAGGCCGCUAUCAGAUGGAGGUUCUACAAGAUGGUAGAGCUAGUCUGCGCCUACCUGUGGUGCUGCCAGAAGAUGAGGGCAUCUAUACCGCAUUUGCUAGCAAUAUGAAGGGCAAUGCUGUCAGUUCCGGAAAGCUCUAUGUGGAGUCCACAGCAGCUGCUCAGCCUUACUACCCACAGGCCGAAGCUGUGAGGAGAGUCCAGUCUAAAUCUCCAAUGUCUGCUCGCUCAACUAGUUACUCCCCUGGACGUUCUCCUGCUCGCUCUGUUAGCCGUUCUCCUGCUCGUAGACUUGAUGACACUGAUGAGAGUCAACUGGAGAGGCUAUAUAAGCCUGUCUUUGUACAGAAGCCAUCAUCCUUCAGGUGUUCUGAAGGACAGACUGCAAGAUUUGACUUAAAAGUAGUUGGAAGACCUAUGCCCGACACUUACUGGUUCCACAAUGGACAACAAGUGGUCAAUGACUACACCCACAAGAUUGUGGUGAAGGAGGAUGGAACUCAGUCAAUGAUUGUGGUUCCUGCCAUGCCUCAGGACUCUGGAGAGUGGACAGUUGUUGCUCAGAAUAGAGCUGGAAAGACAACAGUUUCUAUGACUCUUACUGUGGAAGCAAAGGAAAAUUUGGUCCGACCCCAGUUCAUUGAAAAGCUGAAGAAUAUCAGUGUUAAGGAAGGAAGUUUGGUUGAGUUGGCAGUAAAAGCCAUUGGAAACCCUCUCCCUGACAUUGUCUGGCUGAAAAACAGUGACAUCAUCUCUCCACAUAAAUACCCUCAUAUCAAAAUUGAGGGUACCAAAGGACAGGCACAUUUCCAAAUUCCUCAGACUACUGGCACUGACAGUGCCUGGUACACAGCCACAGCCAUUAACAAAGCUGGCAGAGAUACCACUCGCUGCAGAGUG